AUGUGUCCUCAGCCAGACACCCUCAGCCAGGCGUCCUCAGCCAUGUGUCCUCAGCCAGACGUCCUCAGCCAGAUGUCCUCAGCCAGACGUACUCAGCCAGACGUGCUCAGCCAGGCGUCCUCAGCCAGACGUCCUCAGCCAGGCGUCGUCAGCCAGACGUCCUCAGCGAGACGUCCUCAGCCAGAUGUCCUCAGCCAGACGUCCUCAGCCAGACGUCCUCAGCCAGACGUCCUCAGCCAGGCGUCCUCAGCCGGGCGUCCUCAGCCAGGCAUCCUCAGCCAGGCGUCCUCAGCCAGACGUCCUCAGCCAGACGUUCUCAGCCAGGCGUCCUCAGCCAGGUGUCCUCAGCCAGGCGUCCUCAGCCAGACGUCCUGUGCCAGGCGUCCUCAGCCAGGCGUCCUCAGCCAGGUGUCCUCAGCCAGACGUCCUCAGCCAGGUGUCCUCAGCCAGACGUCCUCAGCCAGAUGUCCUGAGCCAGACGUCCUCAGCCAGGCGUCCUCAGCCAUGUGUCCUCAGUCAGACACCCUCAGCCAGGCGUCCUCAGCCAGGUGUACUCAGCCAGACGUCCUCAGCCAGAUGUCCUCAGCCAGACGUACUCAGCCAGACGUGCUCAGCCAGGCGUCCUCAGCCAGGCGUCCUCAGCCAGGCGUCGUCAGCCAGACGUCCUCAGCCAGACGUCCUCAGCCAGAUGUCCUCAGCCAGACGUCCUCAGCCAGACGUCCUCAGCCAGGCGUCCUCAGCCGGGCGUCCUCAGCCAGGCAUCCUCAGCCAGGCGUCCUCAGCCAGACGUCCUCAGCCAGACGUUCUCAGCCAGGCGUCCUCAGCCGGGCGUCCUCAGCCAGGCAUCCUCAGCCAUGCGUCCUCAGCCAGACGUCCUCAGCCAGACGUCCUCAGCAAGCAAGUUUCCCCAAGAUGUGCGCUUACGAAAUGCCUCGUCUUCUGAACCUUCUCUUCAGACACACCAGUGAGCCCUCCGCAACACACCAGUGA